AUGUCAGUAUCUACUAGUCAAAAUGAAGACUUCGUUGUCGAAGUUGUUGAGCCUGGAGACAAAGAAGAUAAAAAUAAUUCUGAAGGUGAAGAAAAUGGGCCUAAAAAGUAUUUUGCAAUCAGUCCAGAAGGCGACUUUCUAGUUGAACUUGUUGUAAAAAAUCUUGCUGAUUUAGAAUUCGAAUUACAAAUGUAUAAUAUUAACAAUUCGAAUAAUGUAGAUGACUCAACAUUAGAGAACAACUCGGAACAAAAGGAUGGCUUGAAACCAGAGAGUGAUCUAGGAGACGACCAAGAAACAUCAUACAGGAAACUUUCCAGCAUACAUACCACAUUCAAAUUUACUGAUAGGCAGCUCAAUUUGAUUAAGGAUGAGUAUGAAAACAUAUUUAAGUGGUCCAUUUCCGUGUCAGAUAAAUCAGCUAUCUCAUCGGAAUUUAGAUUAUUAGCAAUAUCUUCGGAAGAUGCAUACGAUUGGAUUUGUUUUGAAACUAGUUGCGUAAAUCAACAUUAUUUUUUGAUUGACACUAUGGCAGUCAAAAUAUAUUCGAUAGAAUGCGGUCUUGAAAUAGCAGAGAUUGAAAUAGAUAUUCCAGAUCUACAAUUUGAUUUUGUCGCUUUUUUUCGCAAUGACGAAAUGCUUCUUGUAGUUUCAUCAAGUAAAUGGUUUGUUUGGGAUAUUUUUGGCUCAUUACGAGAUUCUGUUAAAUCAGAGAAUUUAGGAUUUAUAUUAGAACUUCCAUUAAGUUUUGAAAAAAAAACAGAACACUCAAAUUCAUUCAUUGUCGUUGAUAAGGGUGACGAACUAGUUAUUUAUGAUGAAAUGAUCAUAGAUAAAUAUUUGAAAUAUUUAAAGAAAGGUGAUGAACAAAAUUGGAAAACAUUAUCGAAUGACUAUUUUUCAGAAUUAGAGGAAUAUCAUCAAAUACUUGAACCCUGGUUAAUACAAAAUGAUAAUAGAUAUUCACGACAAUGGUUCUAUCUUGAUGAGAAAAAAGAAAAACUUCUUUUAAUUGAAAAUCAUACAAUUCAAGUUUGGCACGAUCAAGGACCAGAAAAAAGAUCUCUUGAAUUCAUUCAUGCGCCUUUAUCUGAUGAGUCUUUAGCUGAUGGACGAAGUAUAAAGGAGAUAGUUUUUUUUGAAUACAAAUUUAUAAAAGUAAUAGACAUCAGUUAUUGCAACGGAAACUUCAAGCUUAACUUUCAAAUUGAAGAUAAUAAUUCUCAAGAUCAAAUUAAAAAUACUUUUCAAAUCAAAAUGGAAAACAGAAAUGAUAUUAUGAUUGUAGUAAAAUAUGCUUGUUAUUCACUUAAAUAUUUAUUUAGUUAUAAAAAGUUUGAAUUGUUUUUUGAGGAUCGAAAAUUAGAAUAUAGAAAUAUUGUUGAACAAACACGAAAAAUAAUAUCGAGAUUUAUUAGAAUGUAUCCAAAUGAAUGGCGGUUGUUAGAUAUACGAUAUGAUCUGAUGAGUGUUCUUAUUGAAGCAAGGGAAUAUAAACUUAUAAAUGACAUUUUAUCUUCUGGAGAACCGCUUCAUAUACCUCAAUCCUUUUCUUGGUCAGAUGGAAUGAGUACAAUUCGUACUGCCCUUUCAGACCGUACUAUGUUGGCAUGUUUUUUAGAUUAUUAUUCUAAAAAUGCAGUUAAUAAUAUUGGAUGGAUGAACACAGUUGUAGACAUCAUACCAGAAUUAUAUAAUAAAUCUUACAACUAUUAUGCUCAAAAAUUAUUUUAUAAUUCCUGUUUUUGUAAUAAGCAAUUGGAUUUGGUUUCUUUUAAAUUUCUCAAAAUUUCUCCAAAGUCAAAUGACUUAUUAGAAGUUUUUGUACCCAUAACACAGUUGAUUCCACAAGAUUCAGAGUUUUAUGAUAAAAUUGUUAAUAUUCGAAUGGUCCCUUUAACAGAUUUUACAACAAACAAGAAAAUAUCGGAUGUAAGAGAAAGAAACUUUACAAAUCUUCUGAAGACUUUAAUCUUUCCUAAUCAAUAUUCGUCUCUUAAAGAAGAGGAUUAUAGCCCUUUUAUUAAGAUAAUAAUAAAAGGUGAACGAGAUAUUAUAUAUGAAAACCCAUCAAUAGGAGCUGUCAUGAAUUGGAUGUGGUAUUGCUCUAAGUUUUAUUGGCCUAGAACCUUGUAUUUAUUCUUCUCAUACAUUGGGUUAAAUGAAUCUUCAACAACAUAUAAUCCAUUUUCUAAUAUUAUUGAUGCCAUACUUGCAGUGUAUGAUUGGUCAUCAAUUUCAUUUGAUAUUUGGAGCUUUUGGCCACUUACUAUAAUUAGUAUAUUUGGUAGGUUUAUUUUUGUGAUGAUAUUACAGAAUGUAAUCAUUUCAUUCAUGGGUGAUGCUUUUUCAGGUGCACUCACAGAUGGUAAACGUGGUGUAUAUCGUUUUCAAAUUGACUAUAUUUAUGAAUUUGCUCUUCUUGAAAAAUCCUUAGAAUUUAAUAAUUUAGAUUCCAAGUUUAAAGAUAAAAUAAGAGCAAAAUAUAUUUGUUUUUAUGAUGAUCCAAAAAUUACAGGUUCUUGGAAAGAAUUAUCAGAACAAAUGAAAUCAAAACCAUAUCGUAAUGUCGUUCAAGUAUUUAGUAAAAGAGAAUUUGAAUCUUGGUCGAAUAAAGAUUGUGAAUUUAUUUGGGGAAAAGAAGAAAAAGAUAAUGAAUAUUGGUUCCUUGAAGAUUGA